GAGGAGCUGCUGGACGCCGGCGUCGCCAGGGAGCUAGAGGAGCUGCGCUCCGAGAACGACUAUCUCAAGGAUGAGAUUGAGGAACUACGUGCUGAAAUGCUGGAGAUGAGAGAUGUCUACAUGGAGGAAGAUGUCUACCAACUACAGGAGCUCCGGCAACAGCUGGACCAAGCCAGUAAGACUUGCCGCAUCUUGCAGUACCGUCUGCGUAAGGCAGAACGACGCAGUCUUCGUGUGGCACAGACUGGCCAAGUGGAUGGAGAGCUCAUCCACGGCCUUGAACAAGAUGUCAAAGUGGCCAAAGAUGUCUCUGUCCGGCUGCAUAAUGAACUGGAGGCUGUGGAGAAAAAGCGGAUUAAGCUGGAGGAGGAGAAUGAGGACCUGCGGCAGCGGCUUGUUGAGAGUGAGCUGGCUAAGCAGGUGCUGCAGAAUGAGAUGGACAAACUGCGGGAGAAUUCUUUGAAGAAAAGAGGAUCACGCUCUCUUGGGAAGGCAGACAAAAAACCAUCUGCCCAGGAGGAUAGUGCAGACCUCAAGUGUCAAUUGCAUUUUGCUAAGGAGGAGUCUGCCCUGAUGUGCAAAAAAUUGACAAAGCUAGCCAAAGAGAAUGACAGUAUGAAAGAGGAACUGAUGAAAUACCGGUCCUUGUAUGGGGACCUGGAGAGUUCCCUCUCCAUAGAGGAGCUGGCCGACUCCCCUCACUCCAGAGAGGCAGAGUUGAAGGUCCACCUGAAGCUUGUCGAGGAAGAAGCCAACAUCUUGAGCAGGAGGAUAGUGGAGCUCGAGGUUGAAAACCGAGGGCUGAGGGCAGAGAUGGAUGACAUGAAAGUACAAGGAGACAAAGAACUGUUGGGACAAGACAUCCAAUUUGCCUUCUCCAUGACAAACUGUGGGGACUCAGGGGAGAGUGUAGCAGAGCUCAGGAGGCACUUGCAGUUCGUAGAGGAGGAGGCAGAGCUGCUGAGGCGGUCGCUGAUGGAACUGGAGGAGCAGAACAAACUCCUCAUGAAUGAGCUCAAUAAGUACAAGUCAGACCAUGACCUAGACAUCACCCUCUCUGAGGACAGCUGUUCAGUGAUCAGCGAGACCUCCCAAGAAGAACUAGCCACCGCCAAGGUCCAAAUCAGUGAGCUGAGUGGCAAGGUCAAGAAACUGCAGUAUGAGAACCGAGUGCUGCUCUCUAACCUGCAGCGUUGUGACCUUGCCUCUUGCCAGACUACCCGGCCCAUGCUGGAGACAGAUGCUGAGGCUGGAGACUCUGCCCAGUGCAUUCCCAUGUCACUUUGGAGAGAGGUCCCAGUUGGGGGAGAGAAUGAUGCUAAGGAGAGGGCACCGGGAAAUGGCCUUAGCAGUAUUAGCAAAUCUCAUGAAACCAGCCCUAGCAGGCUUCUCAGAUCCAAGGACUUUGAGACCCUCCUUGACAUCAGGGACCAGGCCGCACUGGUCAGCAAAGCCAUCGAUGUCCUGAUUUCAGAUGCCAAUGGCUUUACCUCCAGCCUAAAGUUCUGUGUGGAUAACGACUGUGCGGAGCUAGUGUUGAGUGAGGCCAUGGAUAAUGAGAGCGCCACGGAUUCAAAGCUGAUCAAUGCCAUUUUGAUGCGUCUUGGGGUCCUUCAGCAGGAGCUGAACAGUUUCACAAAGAAAGUGGACCACAUUGGGGACUGCCUGAAAGACCAGAAAGACUCACUUCCAAGUUCCAGCUCUCAUGACGCCACAAAAGAGGCUUUGCGGAAAGAUCAUAACUCCGAAUUCCAGCAGUCUGACUUUAGGGAGGCCCCAGACUGGGACAUCGGGGAGAGCAGGCCCUCUGAUCUCUACCACACCAGUAGCAACACCAGCGCCAUUGAUAUGGACACCAACGUGGGACUCGACCGGAGUUACAAGUCAUACCAGCCAGAGGAAAAAGACUCCUAUGCCUCUGAGAUCAAGGAGUUGCAACUGGUUCUUUCGGAGGCCAAUGAGAGCUUGAGGGGCCUGCAGGAACAGCUGUCCCAGGAGAGGCAACUGAGGAAGGAGGAAGCGGAGAAUUUCACCCAGAAAAUCUGCCAGCUGAAGGAAGAUCACCAGAAGGGCCUCCUGAGGCGGGACUUUGAACUGCAGAGCCUGAACCUUCAGAGGAGGCUGGAGCAAAAAUUCUGGAGUCAAGAGAAAAAUCUUCUGGUGCAGGAAUCCCAGCAGUUCAAGCAAAAUUUCUUGCUCCUGUUCAUGAAGCUCAAGUGGUUCCUGAAACGUUGGAGACAGGGCAAGAUUCUGCAGAAUGAAGGCAAUGACUUCUUGGAGGUGAAUAGCAUGAAAGAACUGUACCUGCUGAUAGAAGAGGAGGAACGGAACCCCCAGCAGCAAGCAGAUAACAAGAUGUGUAUCGGAGACGGCUGGUCUCAGAACACGCCCAAUGAGUACAUCAAGACCCUUUCAGACAUGAAGGUAAUCUUAAAGGAACUGUGCACAGAGCUGCGUGAAGAGAGGAGAGGCAUGAAUGAGCUGCAGCAACAGUUUGUCAAGGCCAAGGCGACCUGGGAGAUGGAGAGGACUGAGCUCAAGUGUCUUAUCACACAGCUGGAAUCCAAGGGGGGGAAAGGCCUGACCGAGCGAGCGCUCUCUGACUGGAAAGCAGCUCUGAAGAGGGAGCGGGAAGAACACCAGCACCUCCUGGCUGAGUCCUACAGUGCUGUCAUGGACCUGACUAAACAGCUGCAAAUCAGUGAGAAGAACUGGGGCCAGGAGAAGCUGGAGCUCUUGGGCCACUUCAAGAAUGAGCAGCAGCAGGCAGAGCAGCAAGUGAGGGAGCUGCAGAACAAACUUAACCAGCUUCAGAAGGGAGCCGACCGAUGGGCUUUGAAAAAUUCAGAGAUGGAAAAGCAUGGCAGUAGCUGGAAAGAGACUCUCAAUGAGAAGAUCACAGACAAAGAAACCAUUUCUGAAACAGACAUCAAAGGAAGUAAUCUAAAAAGGACAAAGUCGGUUUCCUCAAUGUCUGAAUUUGAAAGCUUGCUCGACUGUUCUCCUUACCUUCCUGGCAAGUCCAGCCCUGUCAUCACAGAUAAUAGCCACACCAAAAAGGGGUCUCCGGCUACUCCGAUGCUGCCUGACACAUUAAAGGAGACUGCAGGGAUCGGCCCCAAGAACUGUGCUUACGUGAAUAGUGAGCAACCCACAUCUGAGAGCCAGGCCACACAGGAGCUGGCCUUCUCGUCAUAUGACUGCACCAAGACAAGCAGCUUGUCUGUGCAGGAUCAGUCCCAGAAACAAAUGCAGAGGAGCCACACAGCCCCAGAUAAGACCGGGAUCCGCAUAUACUAUAGCCCUCCAGUGGUGCGAAGAUUGGAAUCACCUCUAGUGCACAACAGAGAGGGGAAGAUCAUGGUUGAGCCUGGCUUCUUGUUCACAAUGGCCAAGCCCAAGGAGGAGUCGGACAACUCAGAAAACAUGUACAGCAGGUGGCUGUGCAAUUUCUCCAAGCAGCAUCGCGAACUGCUUGACAGUAGUGCUGUUAGUGAGAAAGCUGUGGCCCCCGUCCCCAGAUUUCCAUCUUCCUUGCAUGACCUCGAGAUCUCUGGCAACAUGAGUGAUGAUAUGAAGGAGAUCACCAACUGUGUGCGGCAAGCUAUCCGCUCCAGCUCUUUAGAGAGAAAAGUGAAGAGCACUUCCAGCCAGACCGUGGGGUUGACCAGCGUCAGUACUCAGACUAUCCAGUCGGUCAGCAUUGGCCUACAGACAGAUGUGUCCAGAGGCAGUAUCCACAGCAGCAAAAGCUGGUCCCCGCGAAGCUCCUCUCUCAUGUCUGUGCGCAGCAAACAGAUUUCAUCAUCUCUGGACAAAGUCCACUCCAGGAUUGAACGGCCCUGUUGCUCUCCCAAGUAUGGCUCCCCCAAACUCCAGAGAAGAUCAUCUUCCAAGCUGGACAGCUCUAAGGAUCGAAGUCUGUGGAACCUCCAUCAGAGUAAGCAAAAUGGGUCUGCUUGGGCUCGGUCUACGACAACCAGAGACAGCCCAGUCCUCAGCAAUAUUAACGAUGGCCUGUCUAGCUUGUUCAAUGUUGUAGAGCAUUCUGGGAGUACAGAAUCCAUCUGGAAGCCAGGCUGCCAGGAAAGCAAAGCCAAGUCAGAAGCACCCAAGUACGGGAUAGUGCAGGAGUUCUUCCGGAACGUGUGUGGCAGAACUCAGAGCCCCACUUUGGCUCCUGAGAAGAAGGACCCCAUAGGAGUAGAAAGCAGCAGCAAGAAGCCAGAUCAUCCACCCGUAGCUAUGCCCCACUCAUCUGAAAACACCUCCAAGACCCUUGACAAAAAACUUUUGAAGCAAGGUUGCUUUGAGGAACCAAAGCUGUCCACCCAGAGCCAGGGAGGCAAGGACAGAGCCUUAAGAGAGCCAGACAUCAUCUGUGCUACUGUUGCCAACGAGGAUAUUGCCUGUGACUGCAGCUCCCAGUCGCUGACCUCCUGCUUUGCUCGGCCAUCACGCUCAGCUGUCCGCCACUCCCCUUCCAAGUGCAAGUUGCACUCCACCGAGGGCAGCCGGGCGGAGGAGAAGGCAGGACCGUUGAGUGAGUGAAAGGGCUGCGCUGGCUGCUGUGCUGAUGGAAGAGCAGCUCCUCCCUGAACAUGCCGGUCCCCUUGGCAACUAGAGGACUGGCUGCCCCGAGAAAGCCAGCCACAGCAGAGAUCCCG